AUUUUCUUGGUGGUGUUAGUAGCUAUAUUUUGGUUCGACCAAACCACGUGGGCUCAAGAAUUUAUCAUUUUCCCGUAUAAUGCGGCGACCUGUGUAAAUUGAGAGCAUCAUCCAACCACGUUCCUGUGGAGAAUCUAUCUCCACUUCUCCACUAGCAUUUCACCCACAUUGUCCACUACACACCCCACGCUAAAGUAACUGCGGUAUUAGUCAAUCCAUUUUCACCAUAUUCAUUGAGCAGCAGCCUUACGGGCACAGAUCAAAGCAAGUUGCAAUUCUUAGCAGCAUACUGCCACUGGCUGUGUGGAGAAGCUGAAAUAUGAAGUGGGUCGGAAGGGUUUGGAUACUGUGGGUGUGGAUUGCUGUGGUACUAUGCAGCCGUAGAGGGGCAGUAGGAAAGGAAGAGUACAUGAAGUACAAGGACCCGAAGCAGCCGGUUGGGGUGAGAGUAAAAGAUCUUCUUGGUAGAAUGAGUUUAGAGGAAAAGAUUGGGCAGAUGGUUCAGAUUGAUAGGAUUGCUGCCAGCCCUGAUAUAAUGAAGGAUUACUACAUUGGGAGCCUAUUAAGUGGUGGUGGAAGUACACCACUUCCACGAGCUACUGCUGCUGAUUGGGUUAAUAUGGUGAAUGACUUUCAGAAUGGUUCUUUAUCCACACGUCUUGGGAUUCCAAUGAUCUAUGGGAUUGAUGCUGUUCAUGGACACAAUAAUGUGUAUAAUGCCACCAUAUUUCCUCACAACAUUGGCCUUGGUGCUACUAGGGACCCGGAACUUUUGCAAAGGAUUGGUGAUGCAACUGCUGCUGAAGUAAGAGCUACUGGAAUCCCUUAUGUAUUUGCUCCUUGCAUUGCAGUCUGCAGAGAUCCUAGGUGGGGACGAUGCUAUGAAAGUUACAGUGAGGAUCCCAAGGUAGUUCGAGAGAUGACAGACAUUAUACUUGGGUUACAAGGUGAAAUUCCAAAUGGUCUGCGGAAGGGUGUUCCUUAUGUUGCUGGGAAGAACAAGGUAGCAGCUUGCGCGAAACACUUUGUUGGUGAUGGUGGGACAACAAAGGGCAUCAACGAGAACAACACCCUCACUAGCAUGCAUGGCUUGCUUAGCAUUCACAUGCCUGCUUACUAUGAUUCUAUCAUUAAGGGUGUCUCCACAGUCAUGGUUUCCUACUCCAGCUGGAAUGGUCAAAAGAUGCAUGCAAACCGUGAGUUGAUCACUGGAUUUCUGAAGGGUACACUUAAGUUUAAGGGCUUUGUAAUCUCAGACUGGCAGGGACUUGACCGGAUCACUUCUCCACCGCAUUCCAACUAUACGUACUCUGUUUUAGCUGGUGUUCUAGCUGGAAUCGACAUGAUUAUGGUACCGUACAACUUCACUGAGUUCAUCAAUGACCUCACUUAUCUGGUGAAGAACAGAUUUAUCUCAAUGGAUCGCAUUGAUGAUGCUGUUCAGAGAAUUUUGCUUGUCAAGUUCAACUUGGGUCUCUUUGAAAAUCCUCUUGCUGACCUUAGUCUGGUCAAUGAGGUUGGAAGCCAGGCGCACAGAGAUUUGGCUAGGGAAGCUGUAAGGAAAUCACUUGUUCUGCUGAAAAAUGGGAAAACUGCAAACGAUUCAUUGCUACCAUUGCCAAAGAAAGCAUCCAAAAUUCUAGUUGCUGGUACUCAUGCAGAUAACUUGGGGUAUCAGUGUGGUGGAUGGACUAUAGCUUGGCAGGGAUUUAGUGGAAAUAACGAUACAAGUGGAACAACCAUUCUUGGUGCUAUUAAUUCAACAGUUGAUAAGGACACUGAUGUGGUAUACCUUGAGAACCCUGACAGUGAAUAUGUCAAAUCCAACGACUUCAGUUAUGCUAUUGUAGUAGUCGGAGAGCCCCCUUACACAGAGACUGCAGGCGACAGCCAAACUCUCACAAUGGUUGAUCCUGGACCAGACGUCAUCAACAAUGUCUGCGGAGCUGUGAAAUGCGUCGUUAUCAUGAUAUCUGGUCGACCAGUUGUGAUGGAACCAUAUAUGUCAACAAUUGAUGCUCUUGUAGCAGCGUGGUUGCCUGGCACUGAAGGUCUAGGAGUGACUGAUGUGCUCUUUGGCGAUUAUGGUUUUACGGGGAAACUACCGAGGACUUGGUUCAAAACCGUCAAUCAACUCCCAAUGAAUGUCGGGGAUUCACAUUAUGAUCCACUUUUCCCUUUUGGGUUUGGACUCACAACCAAGACAAUGGUUGCAAGCAGGUCAGUAUCAGCCGGUGUACGCAGGGCGGCCUAUGUACCGAUUGUCAUGGUUUUUCUGUUUGUUGGUUUGUAUUUUCAAGUUAAAAGGACGAAGUUGUCAAGAUCACCAGCAUCUCUGUUCCCAAGAUGGGUCAGCUCUUUUCUGUUAAACCAUUUCCAGAAUAGCAGAAUGGCAAGAGGCCCUCCACAAAUCCAGUUAUGUUGACAAUGUAAACAUCAGGACAAGCGUUCUCAACUGCUUCCUAAUUUGGCCAAAA